CUGAAAUUGGAAAAUAUUUUGUUGAUGAGUUAGGUUUUUUUUUUUUUUUGGUUGCUGAUCUUGCAGAAAGAAAGAGUGAGAGACUUAGAUCAAUCCUCAAUUGUUGUUAUUAUUAAUAUGGGAAGAGGUAAGAUUGUGAUCCGAAGGAUUGACAAUUCAACGAGCAGACAAGUGACUUUCUCAAAGAGAAGAAAUGGUUUGCUUAAGAAGGCCAAAGAGCUUUCCAUCCUUUGUGAUGCCGAAGUGGGUCUCAUUAUUUUCUCCAGCACUGGCAAACUCUAUGACUAUUCUAGCUCCAGCGUGAAAUCUGUUAUUGAGCGUUACAACAAAAUGAAAGAGGACCAUCAUCAAUUGUUGAAUCCUGCUUCAGAAGUCAAGUUUUGGCAAAGGGAGGCAACAACACUUAGGCAACAACUAGAAUAUUUGCAAGAAUGUCACAGACAAUUAAUGGGGGAAGAACUUUCUGGCUUAAGUAUAAAAGAUUUGCAAAAUCUAGAAAACCAACUAGAAAUGAGUUUGAAAGGUAUUCGUACGAAAAAGGUAUGUAAACUUUAG